AUGUCUCCUCCCCCUGCGGCUUCUCCCCCCUUCUCCCACGCAGCUAGCCUCGCCCACUACGAGACCAAGAACUCGUUCGAGCUCAUGGUCAUGGCGAAGUUGCGUUGCAUUUCUGAUGCGGGUGAGAACCAGGAGAUUAUCGCGCGGCUGAUGGCGCAGGAUAGGGAGAAUGGGACUUGGCCUGGGAAGUACGAGGAGCCUGGGGCGGCUGAUGCGACGAAGACAGAUGGCGAAGCUGAGGAGAUGAAUGGGGAACAGGGGGUUGUGGUGCCGGUCGAGAGAGUCUUUGGGAAGGAAGAGAGGACGCCUGAGGCUGGAGUUGGGGGUGCGGGAAGGGCGGAUCACGUGCCUGUUGCGAUUGUCUCCGGAGAUAGACGCGCGAGGACUGCGACUGCGGGCACCACUGCGACUAGCACGAGGAGCAGAAGCCCGAUAAUCCCCCUGUCACAAUUGGCAAAAGAAUGGGAUCAGGAUUGGGGCGCACCUUUCGCUUUUCCCCUCGCCGCUACCACCGGCUCGAAACCCCAAGCCAAACCCGUGACUCCAUCCGAGUCUGUCUCCAGUGGCUCAAAGUCACCCGCCACUCCCACCUCUCCCACCUCCCCCGUCUCACAAGCCUCUCGCGUGUCCCUGGCAACUCCUGCCUCGUCCCCUCCAACCAUCCCGGCUUCGUUGAAGUCGAAUCCGUAUAACCUUCUCAUGAGCGAUGAGCAGGACGAUGAAGAAAAAGAGGACGAAGAAGAAGAAGAAGAAGAAGAAGAAGAAGAGGAGGAGAGCGAGAACGAGGGGCUCAUCAUCCCCCUGAAGAUGUACACGGAGAAGGCCAGGGCUGCCGCCGAGUCUACAAGGGCUGAGGUCACGUAUGCGGCGACGUUCAGUAAGGAUACUGCCGCCGCUCCUACGGAACAGACUGAGAAUCUCCCGGCUCCCGAUUCGUUGGCCAGUUCUGAGCCGUCUGAGGUUAUGUCGGCGCCUGGGGUUGGUGUGCUUCCUGAGGCUCCUGUUGUUGUCAGGGACUUUGGUGCUAUGGUUUCGAAUUCGCCCUCGUCAUCGCGGUCACUCGAAGAAGCAGCCCACAAGUCUGACGUAGCUGCCUUCUACAACAUGCCUCCCCUCUCGCCCGUUCAGCCAGCGACAUCAACGAAGAACACGCCCGUACAGGUCUUCGUGAGCGCUCCUCCAUCGCCGCCGUCAUCGCCACCACAGCAAACUCACACCGUUCCGCCGUCUCCCGCGCCCACCAAAAAGACUCACCAGCCGCGUAACGAGAACCGCAAACAAGACCAGGCUGUUGUGUCGUCGAAUAUGUGGGACGUGCUGGCCGCUGACGAUACCGGUGAUGGCGAUGACACCGCUUCUACUCCUGUUGCUGUUGACACUGAUGACAAUAACGAGGUUGAUAGUGAGGACGAGGCCCCACAAGCUCGGCAGGCGCAAAAGAAGAAGAACAGGAGGCGCGGAAAGAAAGGUGGAAAGAAGGUGCAGGCGAUGAAGCAGAAGGUGGAGCAGGCUGUGGAGGUUCCUGUUGUUGUUGCGCCUGUUCUCCAGCAGUCGGUCUCGAUGACGGCGAAGGUGGGGAAGAAGAUGGAGAUGUCGCAGGCGCUGGGUGUCGCGGCUAUUGUUAUGGUUCUUGUCGCGCUUUUGGGGGUGCGGGUUGUUGGGUAG